AUGACCGACAAAUGGGGCGGAAAGGAGCUAUCGUCCUGGUUCGGUGUCAAUCUCCUCAGACGGACCAAUGCGCUUGUUACGCCAUGGUUUACUUGUCUUUAUCUGCUGUGGGAAGGCCCAUCGAUCCGCAAAUCACCACCUCAUGCUCAUGUGGCCGCACUUGAGGCUGCUGCAGACCCAUCCAUCACACCAAAGCCCAAGAUCUUCGAUGAAUUCGCGCUAACCGAUCGUGUUGGGCUUGUCUCGGGAGGAAAUAGGGGCCUUGGCCUGGAGAUGGCUCUUGCAUGUUGCGAAGCUGGUGCACGCGCCGUGUACUGCUUUGAUCUCCCAGAGAAGCCAUCAGAUGAAUGGAUCGCAAGCAGAGAUUACGUUGCGAAGCUAGGCAACAACUCGCGGCUUGAGUAUUUCAGCGCGAAUGUCACUGAUCAACAGACGCUUUGGAAGAAGGCGGAGGAAAUUGGCGAUAAGGAGGGAAGAAUGGACUUUUGUGUCGCUGCGGCUGGUAUUCUCAGGUCACACACAGACUGCCUGGAAUAUCCGGCGCAAGAGUACAAAGAGGUCCUGGAUGUCAACGCCAGUGGCGUCCUUUUCACUGCGCAGGCUGCUGGCAGACAGAUCAUCAUUCUUAUCGCAUCGAUGUCAGGCAGCAUCACUAAUAGAGGCCACGCCUGGGUCUCAUACAACACCUCCAAGGCAGCUGUCCUGCAGAUGGCUCGUAGCAUGGCUUGUGAGCUCGGUGAAAAGAAGAUUCGCGUCAACUCGUUGUCUCCAGGCCAUAUCUACACCAGUAUGACCGCAGCAUAUCUGGACAAACAACCGCACCUCUUCGAUGUGUGGUCUAGUAUGAACCCUCUGGGCCGACUUGGACGCCCUGACGAGUUGCGCGGUGUAGUGACGUGGUUAGCAUCUGAUGCAUCAACGUUCUGCACGGGUAGCGAUAUCAUCGUCAGCGGUGGUCACCACUCCUGGUGA